UUACAGUUGAUCGUUGUAAAUGAAAACCGGUAGCAAAGCGCACAAGCGUAAAUAUAUUAUGAUAUAAAUUGUUAUGUGGCUUGAUUUGUGGGAGUACUUGACGGAUAUUGAAGAUGUACAUCCGACUAAUAUUACUGUCCCUGCUUGGGGCAGUGGUGUGCGACCACCACAGCAGAACCAACCAGCUUCCUGACCGCUCGACCAUAGUGCAUCUGUUUGAAUGGAAGUACAAAGAUAUAGCGGACGAAUGCGAGCGGUUCCUUGCUCCGAAGGGGUUUGGAGGCGUUCAGAUAUCACCACCAUCUGAGAACCUGAUCAUACAUCUGGACAACGGCAAGAGGACAUGGUACGAACGCUACCAAGUGAUGUCCUAUAAGCUGACGACUCGCUCCGGCAACGUUGAGGAUUUCCUCAACAUGACGCGCAGAUGCAACAAAGUGGGAGUAAGAAUUUACGCUGACGUGGUAGUAAACCACAUGACCGCCGACGGCCAGAAGAACGUAGGCACAGCGGGCAGCACGGCCGACUUCAAGAAUUACUCAUACCCCGCUGUCCCUUACAGUAGGGAGCAUUUUCAUUAUCCGUACUGUUCUAUUGAGAAUUACAAUGAUGCUUCGCAGGUUCGCAAUUGUCAGCUAGUAGGGCUCAAAGACCUGAACCAGACGAUUCCGUACGUUCGAAGGAAGAUUAGACAGUUCUUUAAUCGACUUAUCCACUACGGUGUCGCCGGUUUAAGAGUCGACGCGGCGAAGCAUAUGUGGCCCAACGAUUUAAAGGAAAUAUACAAAAGACUGCACAAUUUGAAUACCGAUUUCGGUUUCGAGCGUCAUUCGAAAGCGUAUAUUUUUCAAGAGGUUAUACAUUAUGGCAAUGAAGCCAUUCAACCGAACGAGUAUACGGGUUUGGGUGACGUCACCGAGUUCAGAGUAGGCUCAGAACUAAAGAACUGCUUCCGCGGCCAAAACCCGCUGAAAUAUCUAGUAUCCUGGGGACCACAGUGGGGUUUGUCGCCCAGUGACACGGCAUUGGUGUUUAUAGACAAUCACGACACGCAAAGGAGCAAUGAUGUGCUGACAUACAAGGAAUCUAGGGCUUAUAAGGCAGCAAUAGCGUUUAUGCUGGCACAUCCUUACGGUGAACCUCGUGUGAUGAGCAGUUACUUCUUUGACACUAGCGACCAGGGGCCUCCUGAUGACUCGAAUGAGAACAUUGUUUUUCCCAGCAUCAAUAGUGAUAAUACCUGCGGAAACGGCUGGGUAUGCGAGCACCGCUGGCGACAGAUAUACCAGAUGGUAGCCUUCAGGAACGCCGUUAAAGACACGCAGAUCCAGAACUGGUGGGACAACGGUAACAACCAGAUCGCUUUUAGCAGGGGGGACAAAGGAUUCAUCGCUUUUAAUGUGGAAGGAAAGGAUUUAAAUCAGACUUUACAAACUAGUCUACCAGCUGGUCAAUAUUGUGACGUGAUCACAGGACAGAGACAGGGCAGCGGUUGUUCCGGCAAGAAGGUGACAGUAGAAAACAAUGGAAUCGCCCAAAUAUAUAUAGCGGCGAAUGAGGAGGACAUGCACUUGGCUGUACAUGUUGGGAAAGAGUCGCGGUUGCUGUAGCUGUAAUUGUAAUCAAACAUUGUAUCUAAAUGUAAAC